AUGAGGUUGGAGAAUAUGAACUUGGACAUAAGUCUCUUAAGCUCAAAAGAAAAACCACCAAAACCACACAUCUCACAAAACCCUUCAAAUACUAAGAACCUGCCUUGUAAACAUACCAAAGACCGCCAUGCAAAGGUUAAUGGCCGCGACCGGAGAAUCCGGUUGCCGGCCUUGUGUGCCGCCAGGAUUUUUCAGCUCACCCGUGAGCUAGGUCACAAAACAGAUGGCCAGACCAUUGAGUGGCUUUUACAACAAGCGGAGCCUUCCAUUAUUGCAGCCACAAGGAACUCAUAUUCUACCACUACUGCUUCUACUGCUCCGACUAUUUCCGAUCCCGGUCCGCCGCUGCCGCCGCCGACAGCGGGUUCAACGGAUUAUUGCGGUAGUCUGAGUUCUUGUCAGGGAAAAAGUAGUACUACUAGUACUAGUGGUGGUUGUGAAAGCAAAGAAUUUGUGAAAAGGUUUGGGGUUUCAAGGGGUGAGAGUGGUUUACCACCUUUUGAUUUUGAUUUGUUGACAAAUUUUGAUAUGGAAUUUUCUGCCAAUGAGAUUGCAAUGUUGCGAGCCGUGACUGAAACUAGUAAGUGAGAUGGAAGAGUACAAUUAUUGAAACUCUAAUUUGUUUCUAUGUAGCUCAUUGAUUAAUGGUGCUAGCUGCAAAGGAAAUUCUCUGUGUGGCUGAAUUUGUAUUUAAUCGAGGGAUUUAC